AUGGCAGUGCGGGCAACCCUGCUGCUGGGGCUACUGCUGGUGGUCCUGUGCCCUGGGGAUGCAGCCCUCCUGGAAGCCAACGGCAACCUGAACUGCCGCUGUGCCAAGACCACCACUGCCUUCAUUCCCUUGCGCAAGUAUGAGAGCGUCGAGGUGCGGCCAGUGGGGAGCAGCUGCCGGCGCCUGGAGGUGCUGAUUAAACUAAAAACACUCGAGAGGAUCUGUGUGGAUCCUAACACCCUCUGGGUGAGGAAGCUCCUGCAGGACCUCCCGAAGCUGAGGAAGAAAGCUGCUCCCCAGUGAGGCCUGGCACGAUGGCCCCAUGGCUGGAUACUCUGCUCCCCACCACUGCUUCUCCCCAGCCCAGAGGGCAUUUUCCCCUGUUAUGCACCCGUGGAAAGGCAGAGGCUUUUCCCCAUCUCCACAGUGAUUCAUCCCGCAGCCCCCCACUGUCAGCAGCGAGUGAGAUGUCUCCUCUGAGCACAAGAAACUGAGGUCUGUCACUGGAGAGCCUGCUGACCAACAAGAGGUGCAAGUGUGUCAAAGUGACUGCCCAGGUCAUCGGCCUGG